AGACUCUAUCUCUACAUGCCGUGUUACUACACCAGCCGAACGUCCUGUUGGCGCAGUCUUGAUGACGCACUCAGCGCGCGCCCCAGCCUCUGGCCCAGUCGCUUUCCGGAGCCUUCGCUUUCCGUGGUUGCUCGGCGACGGGCGAGGCCUGGUGUUGUUAUGGAGCCUGAGCCUAACGUACUGAGUAACCUCGCGGAGGUGGUGGAGCGGAUUCUGAGCUUUCUGCCGACGAAGGCGCUCCUACGCGCAGCCUGCGUCUGCCAGUUAUGGAGAGAGUGUUCCCGCAGAAUCCUGAGGACCCAGCAGAGCAUCGCCUGGGUCUCUGCAGCUGAACCGACACCAUGUAAUAGUCAUGGUCUGGUCUGGGCAUUAGCAGAGGAGCUUGAGAAGGUCCACGUGCUGCCUCAGAUGGUGUUUUAUAUAGCAGAUGCAGAGACUUUCAGUGGAUACGAAGAGAGUCAUGGUCAUGGGCAAAAGAAAGCACGCAGAAGAAAUAGUAAAGAAACUGCCACUGCGUUAGAAAAACUGUUGCCCAAAAGAUGUCAAGUCCUUGGUCUAGUGACAGCUGGCGUCGUAGUCACCCCAACCGGCUCUCGCAGCAGUCGGCCCCUGGAAAUUGAAGAUGGCGAAGCCGGCUUUGCCUUACUGUUUCCCAAGAUUGAUGGGGUGAAGAUCCAGACUUUCCACUUUUUCAGAGACCCGAAGACCAAAUUCCUCGAUGAAAGCCAGUUUGCUGAGGCAGGCCUGAAGAAUAACCCAGAUCUUAGAGUGGUUCUUCUGUUUGGCUACAACACUUGGAAGACCGGAGCAACACGAUUUCUUCACCAAAUAGUCAAUCACUUGAAUGAAAAAAGCAUUGUUUUGGCUGGGGGCCAUGUGGAAAGCGUGACAUCUCUGAUGUCUGAGAAUAACACGCAAGCUGCCGAGUCCUGCGGCGUUGUCGGUUUGACUUUCAGCGGACCCCAGAUCCAGUGCGCUACUGUUCUGUUAGAUCAAGACGUAAUUGAUGAGAGGACAGCAGAAGCUGCAAUGCAGCGCCUCAAGGCCGCAAACAUUCCUGAGCACAACAGCCUUGGCUUUAUGUUUGCAUGUGUUGGCAAGGGAUACCAACACUACAAGACCAAGAGGAAUCUUGAAGCUGAUGCCUUUAGGAAGUUCUUCCCUAACGUCCCCCUCUUUGGCUUUUUUGGACACGGGGAGAUCGGAUGUGAUCGGAUUGUGACUGGGAAUUUCAUCCUCCGAGAAUGCAAUAAUGCAAAGGAUGACCUGCUCCAUGGCUAUACCACAGUAAUGACUCUCAUCCAUCUGGGCCCAGCCAAAGCAAACCAAGUUUAAACCUCUUUUUGUAAAUGGAUCAUCAGGCUUUUUUCGGUUCCAGGAACUUAAAACUGUACGUAUGUCCAGAAGUACCUCUUCAGACAAAAGUUGAUCAUUGUCCGAUUGAUUUUAGAACUACUAGCUGGCAUGAAACUAGGUGAGGAGGAAAGCAUUUCUGCACCAUAUGGGAGAUUAAAAUUGUGAAUAUCAAAUAAUUUUGGUUUCAUCCCUGAAGUUGUGGAUGGUUCUGGUUAGCAUUAAAUCCAAAUUUGCCAGCACUGGUGUGUACUUGGAAAUGAAGUAUCAGUAUUUCUGCAUGUAAUCUGUGGACAAAUUUGGAGACACUGACCAAGUUAGGUAUUGAGCAAACUCUUACACAGCUGUGUUUAAAAGCUGUUGCUCUUGUCUUUUUAUUACUUAGCGAGUUCUUCUGUCAAGCUGUAAACUAGUGUCAUGUCUGAACUGGAUCCUUAAGACAUUUGUUUGUGAGGUCAGAAGGUGAUGUUUUUGUGGGGCAGCUGACCCAAUUAAAAUGCAGAAUACCUUC